GCUCAUACAGGAAAGAAAACAUAUUCAUGCUCAGAAUGUGGGAAAUGUUUUACUAAGAAAUCACAUCUUGCUGGACAUCGAAGAACUCACACAGGAGAGAAGCCAUUUUCAUGCUCAGAAUGUGGGAAAUGUUUUACUUUUAAAUCAAAUCUUGUUGUACAUCAGAGAACUCACAAAGGAGAGAAGCCAUUUUCAUUUUCAGAAUGUGGGAAGUGUUUUACUCGGAAACCAAAUCAUAUUGAACAUCAAAGAACUCACACAGAAGAGAAGCCAUUUUCAUGUUCAGAAUAUGGGAAGUGUUUUACUCGGAAACCAAAUCUUAUUGAACAUCAAAGAAUUCACACAGAAGAGAAGCCAUUUUCAUGCUCAGAAUGUGGGAAAUGUUUUACUUUUAAAUCAAGCCUUGUUGUACAUCAAAGAACUCACACAGGAGAGAAGCCAUUUUCAUGUGCAGAAUGUAGGAAAUGUUUUACUGAGAAAUCAAGUCUUGUUGUACAUCAAAGAACUCACACAGGGGAGAAGCCAUUUUCAUGCUCAGAAUGUGGGAAAUGUUUUACUUUUAAAUCAAAUCUUGUUGUACAUCGAAGAACUCACACAGGAGAGAAGCCAUUUUCAUGCUCAGAAUGUGGGAAAUGUUUUACUUUUAAAUCAAAUCUUGUUGUACAUCGAAGAACUCACACAGGAGAGAAGCCAUUUUCAUGCUCAGAAUGUGGGAAAUGUUUUACUUUUAAAUCAAAUCUUGUUGUACAUCAGAGAACUCACAAAGGAGAGAAGCCAUUUUCAUUUUCAGAAUGUGGGAAGUGUUUUACUCGGAAACCAAAUCAUAUUGAACAUCAAAGAACUCACACAGAAGAGAAGCCAUUUUCAUGUUCAGAAUAUGGGAAGUGUUUUACUCGGAAACCAAAUCUUAUUGAACAUCAAAGAAUUCACACAGAAGAGAAGCCAUUUUCAUGCUCAGAAUGUGGGAAAUGUUUUACUUUUAAAUCAAGCCUUGUUGUACAUCAAAGAACUCACACAGGAGAGAAGCCAUUUUCAUGUGCAGAAUGUAGGAAAUGUUUUACUGAGAAAUCAAGUCUUGUUGUACAUCAAAGAACUCACACAGGGGAGAAGCCAUUUUUAUGUUCAGAAUGUGGGAAAUGUUUUACGUUAAAAUCAAGUCUUGUUAAACAUCAGAGAACUCACACAGGAGAGAAGUCAAUUCAGAGCAAUAAAUGAUGCAGAUAACACAUCUAUAUAUUCACCAUGUACAUAGGA